AUGAUCGGUACUGCAAAAUUUAGAAAAUCUGUAGUCAUUAAGUUGACAAUAUAUCUAUUUGUCUUGUUAUUGCAAUCGCAUUUGGCUCAGGUACAUUGUGCCGUGCCGUUGGACAUAGUAACUGAAAAGGUGAUUCCCCUCGCUAUGAAGAAGCGCCAACCGGCGAUAGUCCCUAUGAUACCUGACAAGGAACCCUUGAUAAGUGCCAGAAAAUGCUUCGCAACUUUACAUUCUGUCGAUUUGAGGACGCUUAAAGCAAUCUGUAACUGGUGGACGAGAUCGCUG